CCUGCAAAUUGUGGAUAAGCAGUUGUUCCUUCCGUUGUACUGGAAUAAAGUAAAAAGGAGCACGUUCGGGACGUUCUGAUGACGUAUCACGCACGUUGUCCGCGGUAAAAUCGCUUUUUCUCCCAGUCACAACCGGCAAACAGUCGGGAGAAACUCUGAAGUGAAGUUCCAGCUCUGAGGAGAUCUGACUGACAGCUGCAGGUUCACGCGCAUCACUGCGCCUCUGCCACGCGCGAUGGUUUCUGCUGUUUUUACUCCCAUAUAGAGUGUCUGGAGGAUUCGGCGCGAGUUUCUUCAUUGAUCCACUCCAUGACGAGGAUCUACCGCGGAAUAAAGCAACACAUUUCACCGGAGCUCGUGAUGUUCGCCGCUCUGUGCGCGCUCUUGGUUCUGCGCGUGUCGGUCGCAGCGGAUCUGAGCGCGCUGAACUGCAGUCAGGUGAAAGACGCGUUCACUGCUCUGGGAUUCAGUCCUGACAGUGUUCCCACCGAGGAAACAUCAGGAGUGAAUCUGCGUGUUUGCGCUCCUCAGAGAUCCUGCUGUAACACAGAGAUGGAGGAGAUCUUCAGCCGCAGGAGCUCUCGUGACUUUGAGAAGCUGAUGGAGGACACCAGCGAGGAGCUGAGGAACGCUUUUGUGAGCGGACAUAAAAGGUUUGAUGACUUCUUCCUGGAGCUGCUGGAGAACACGGAGCGCUCUCUGAACGAGAUGUUCUUGCGCACUUACGGAAAGCCCUACCUGCAGAACGUCGAGGUCUUCCAGGGCCUUUUCUCCGAGCUGAAGCGAUAUUACACCGGCGGGAACGUCAAUCUGGAGGAGAUGCUGAACGACUUCUGGACGCGUCUCCUGGAGCGCAUGUUCCAGCUGCUGAACUCCCAGUAUCUCAUCACUGAAGACUAUCUGGAAUGCAUCAGCAAGUACAUGGAGCAGCUUAAGCCCUUCGGAGACGUUCCCAAGAAGCUGAAGUCUCAGGUUACACGAGCGUUCAUCGCAGCGCGCACGUUUGUCCAGGGCCUCGCGGUCGGACGGGACGUGGCCAACAGGGUGUCCGAGGUCAGCAUGAGCCCGGCGUGUGUCGGCAGCUUCACCAGGAUGCUGUACUGCUCUCAGUGUCGAGGUCUGUCCACGCUGAAGCCCUGCAGCGAAUACUGUCUGGACGUGAUGAAGGGCUGUGCGGCUGACCAGGCCGAUCUGGACCCGGAGUGGAGCAGGUACAUCGAUGCCAUGUUGCUGGUGACGGAACGACUAGAGGGACCGUUCAACAUCGAGUCUGUCAUGGAGCCCAUCGAUGUGAAGAUAUCCGAAGCCAUCAUGAACAUGCAGGAGAACAGCAUGCAGCUCUCCUAUCAGGUUUUCCAAGGUUGUGGCCAGCUGAAGCCUUCAGGAAUGAGCCGGUCCGCCCGCGGCGUCCCUGACACGUUCAGCGGCCGCUUCAGCCCCUACAGCCCUGAGGAGCUUCCCACCGCCUCGGCCGGCAGUCGACUGGACCGCCUGGUGACGGACAUGAAGGAGAAGCUGAAGCAGUUCAGGAAGUUCUGGUCGUCACUUCCUGUGUCGGUGUGUCAGGAGGAGGAUGUGGCGUCGACAGGCGGAGCGGAGGAUGAGCGAUGCUGGAACGGACGAGAGCAGGGCAGAUUCGUCCCUGAGGUCCAGACAGACGGACGGGCCACGAAUGACCCGGAUGUGUCCAGACCGGACGCUGUUAUCCGACAGCAGAUCAUGGCUCUCCGCGUGAUGAGCAACAAGCUGAAGAACGCCUACGACGGGAAUGACAUCUACUUCCAGGACUCCAAUGAGGAGAGCAGCGGCUCCGGCUCCGGCAGCGGCGUCACGGACUCGGACUCGGACUCCUUCGUGACCGACGCUCCGGUUCAGGAGCCGGAGAACAGAGAGGAAGAGUCUUCUGCGUCGCCCAGCGUCCGGCCGGACGUCCUGCUGCUGCUGCUGCUGUCCUUCAGCGCUCUGGCCGCGAGUGACCGCUGGAGAUAGUGUCGGCCCACACGCCGCUUCUGACCGGACUGAUCGGAAGAGCUUCAGAAGGUCGGGAGCGUCACACAUCUGAGAUAUGAACGAUGUCAAGGGUCUCUUGGACAGCAGAUUAAAGGGUUAAUUCACCCAAAAAUUAGAGUUCUGUCAUCAUUUCCUCACCAUCAGCGCUCAGAUUCAUGAUGACAGAACUGUAGGAUCUCAAACACUGAUCCUCAGAGACUCUGACAGCGUUUCAGUAAAUUGCUCAAUGUUUCAGAUUGUUAAUGUCAGGUGUUACUGCGAGAAUCACGCUCAGAAAACAUGAACAUCCUCCUCUGGUGAACAUCAGACGUUCUGUUCAUCGUUAUAUGUCAGAAAGAUCCAGUAGGAAUAUCCCGAAUACAUACAUGUUUCCUGCUGCCAGAGCUUUAUUUUUACACAUUUAUUCAGAAUGAGUUUAUUCUGUCAUUGGCUUGUUUCUGCCAGAGUUUUGUGUGAAUGAUUGUGAACAAUAAUGCCGAAAUGUAGAUUUGUGGGAAUAUUAGUGUAUGUUUUCUACCGAAAUGACCUGGAUGGUAAAAGUGAAUCAGUGUUUUGGGAAACCGGCUUUAUGAACGUCCAUAUUGACACAUGAGUGUGCAUCAAGUUAUGAUGAUGAUGGUGUUAUUUUUGUAAUGUUACUUCAGUUUAUUCAGAAUUAUUCUUAUUAUUAUGUACACUUGUGCUGCAAAGCUCAUUUUCUUAAUCAGAUUUUUUUCAUAUAUUGAUAUAUAAGAAUCAGGAUUAUUUGAGAUUGAGUUCAGUUUGUGUUUUUUUACAUGAUUUGACAAAUAGUUUCUUUAUUAAAAGCACAUCCACUAAAUAUAGUUAGUUUUUA